CACUGGAAAAUCCCAAGCUCUGUCAAGAUUAUUUUUGUUCUCUCUUUAGGUACAAUCAGGGUUCAAUACAGCUAGGCCACCUGCAAUGGGUUAGACUUUUUCCAUACGCUCAGCUGAUGGAUGCCAGGUUAUUUUUCUGCAUUUUAUAAAGUUUUUGGGUGACCCAGGUGAAAGACCCCAGUGACAGUUAUCCCACCCAGAGUACUGCAUCCAGCUCUGCAGUCUCCAGCACAGGAAAGACGUGGACCUGUUGGAGUGAGUUAGAAGGGCCAACAAGUUGAUUAGAGGGAUGGAGCACCUCUCCUAUGGGGAAAGGCUGAGACUAUUGGGGUUACUCAGCCUGGAGAAGGCUUUGGGGUGCCCUAAUUAUGGCCUUCCAGUACCUGAAGGGAGCCUACAUGUUCUUGUAAUGACUAGAAAAGGGAGAACCAGUUCAAACUGAAAGAGGGUAGGUUUAGAUUAGUUAUUAGGAAAAUAUUCUUCACUGUGAGGCAUUGGAACAGGUUGCAUAGAGAAAUCGUGGAUACCCCAAUCCUGGGAGUGUUCAAAGCCAGCUUGGAUGGGGCUUUGAGUAACCUUCUCCAGUGAAAGUUGUCCCUGCCCAUGCCAGGGGGUGGAAUUAGAUGCUCUUUAAGGUUCCUGUCAAUGCAAACCGUUCUAUGGUUCUGAGUUGUCCUGCUGACGUGCUAAUGCUUUGCAAAAAUCCGUGUUUAGUGAAAAAGCCUUUGGAAAAAAAAUCCUAGGCGAUGUAAAUAUACGUGGGAUAUUUCCCACCUCGCUUAACUGCCCCUACUGCUUCAGCAGCUCACUACUACACAGCACAGUUUUCCAAAUUGCACCCGAGCACGUAAGAAAUAGAAAGGUAAAUUUUUUAAAAAAAGAAAACAUCUCCUUUAUCUGGUUCCGCGGCGCGCGGGUGACGUGUGCGCGCCGCCGGAACUCGCGAGGCUUCGGUCUCCAUGGCAACGCUGGGCCCGCAACCUUCCGAGCUCCGGCGGAGCGGCCGCCAUGGCAGAGCUGGGUGUUAAUGAGCACCACCAGAAGGAAGUGGUCAGCUACAUGCGCUUUGCUCGUUUCAAGCGUGGCAUGUGUCUCAAAACAGUGGAUUCUUGUUUUCAGGACCUCAAGGACAGCAGACUUGUUGAAGAGACCUUCACAGUUGACGAGGUGAUAGACAUUCUGGAUGGACUGCAGAGUGUUGUACACAGUGAAGUGGAGUCAGAGCUCAUAAACACAACUUACACCAACGUUUUACUUCUCCGACAGCUCUUUUCACAGGCUGAGAAAUGGUACCUGAAGUUACAGACAGAUGUUUCUGACUUGGAGAAUCGAGAAUUAUUGGACCAGGUUGCUGAGUUUGAAAAGUCAGAAUAUACAUCUUCAAACAAAAAGUCCACUGCAGAUCCCAUUAAACCAAAACUUGCUCCAUUAAAUGAAAGUGGGUCAGAGCUACUAAACAAGACAGUUGCUCUUCUUCAAGAAGAAAAUGAAAAAUUGAAGGCCAGACUCAGGACCAUAGAGAUACAGGCUACAGCUGCCCUAGAUGAGAAGUCCAAGCUGGAGAAGUCACUGAGGGAUUUACAGAUGAUCCAAGGAGAUCAGAAGAAUAACGCAAACCAGGAUAUCACUGAACUGGAGAAUAAAGUGGCAGCUUUGAAAUCCCAGUUUGAAAAGACUUUAAAUGACACUACUGCAAACCAAAAAUUCUUGGAAGAAGACUUGGUGACAACAAAACAUGACUUACUGAAGGUUCAGGAUCAGCUAUCCACAGCUGAAAAGGAACUGGAGAAGAAAUUUCAGCAAACAGCUGCCUAUCGCAACAUGAAAGAGAUUCUCACCAAGAAGAAUGAACAGAUAAAGGAUUUGCGUAGAAGACUUUCCAAAUAUGAGUCAGAGGACUGAAAUAGCAAAAAGCAUCUGAUCUGUCAGAAGUUGUCAUGGAAAGAAAAUGUAGGCUGGAAUUAUUUUUCAAUAAUGUUCAUUUUGAAUGGUGUAUUCUUUGCUUCUAGUGUUUAAAAUAACUCUUUAUUAUUAUUAUUAUUAAUUUCACACUGAAACUCUUACCUUACUUCCUUGUAAACCUACAGUUUAUAGGUAUUAGUUUCUGCAGUCAUGUUUUUAAUGGUUAACCAUUGACAUUCCUUGAGAAACAGGAAACAGGACCUUGUUGAAGAACUGAGAACAUUCCCUACCAAAAAAUGAGAUUAUUUUUGUUAAAAAAGGGGGAAAAAAAGACCAAAAAUAUAUGCAUUAGAGUUUUUGAUGUCUUCAAAGUGGAAACUCCAGUUACUACUGUGUAUUUAAUGUAGUUGUGAAGUAACAUUAUAUGUAAAAAUUUCAUCAGUGAAAGAGUAGGAGGAAUAAAAAAGAAAUUAUAUUUCUGUAAUGUUACUUCACAUUGGACAUGUCAUAGCUCAGCAAAGUGUGGUCAGUAGCAUUUUUCUAGAGGAUGUUCAUUAGAUAAUGAGAUAAACAUACUUUAUAAUCAAAGUGGUGGACCUUUCAAAUAAAGAUGUGCUUUUUCACUUGAAUUGAUUUAAAGCAACUUUGAACAUCAGAAGACAGAUUCUGAUUUUGCCAGUAUUCUUAAUACUGAGAUGAUAAUCUAAAUAUGCAUAGGAAAGUUAGUGGAGCAACGUUUUUGGGAAAUAAGUUAUUUUAGACAUUUUCAUCUCCUUUCUUAAUGUAACCUCACUAGAAAACAGCUUACUUCUCUGAAGUCUUCUACUUGUAAUUCUCUGCCUUGCAUUUGUUUGUCAGUUGCCUAAUAGAGCAUUCUACUUGUUCAUCUGUCCCUGUUCAUAUGUAUCUUGUAUUUUACUUCAAAUAAAAUACUAUGUUUUCAAUCA